CGCCGCCGCCGCCCGGGAUUGUGGGAGCGGGAGGGGACCGAGGCGGAAGGUUUCCGGCGCUUUCGCGCAGACGUGUCCGGCUACGGCCCCGCUGUCCCAGCCGCUGUUCCGGCCCGUCCUUCCGCAGCUGCCGCCUCAGCCCGGGCCGGCGGCGCCAUGUCCGGGACCAGCAGCCCCGAGGCCGUGAAGAAGCUGCUGGAAAACACGCAGGGAGACCUGCGGGGCCUGAGCCUGGAGUGCCGGAAGAAAUUCCCCCCCGUCAAGGAGGCUGCUGAAUCAGGAAUAAUAAAAGUUAAAACGAUAGCUGCAAGAAACACCGAUAUUUUGGCAGCAUUGAAAGAGAACAGCUCAGAGGUAGUUCAGCCGUUUCUAAUGGGCUGUGGAACAAAGGAACCAAAGAUUACUCAGCUGUGUCUAGCAGCCAUACAGAGACUUAUGUCACAUGAAGUUGUUUCAGAGGCUGCAGCUGGAAAUAUUAUUAACAUGCUUUGGCAACUGAUGGAAAAUAGUCUUGAAGAACUCAAAUUACUUCAGACGGUUCUUGUACUUUUAACAACUAAUACAGUUGUCCAUGAUGAUGCACUCUCCAAGGCAAUUGUUCUUUGCUUUCGACUUCACUUCACGAAAGAUAAUAUCACAAAUAACACUGCUGCAGCUACAGUGCGACAAGUAGUUACUGUUGUUUUUGAGAGAGUGGUUUUUGAAGACGAACGAUACAAAGAUGUUAUUGAACAACCAGUACCAGUUCCAGGAAACAGUAACAGAAGAUCUGUCAGUACUCUGAAACCAUGUGCUAAAGAUGCAUAUAUGCUUUUUCAGGAUCUUUGCCAGUUGGUUAAUGCUGAUGCUCCUUACUGGCUGGUGGGUAUGACAGAAAUGACCCGGACAUUUGGUCUUGAACUUCUUGAGUCAGUCCUCAAUGAUUUUCCUCAAGUGUUUUUACAACAUCAAGAAUUUAGUUUCCUCCUUAAAGAGAGGGUUUGCCCUCUUGUGAUAAAGCUAUUCUCCCCAAAUAUCAAGUUCAGACAAGGUUCCACCACAUCAUCUUCACCUGCACCAGUGGAAAAACCAUAUUUUCCUAUCUGCAUGCGCUUGCUGAGAGUAGUCUCUGUUUUGAUCAAGCAGUUUUACAGUUUGCUGGUAACAGAAUGUGAGAUUUUUCUGUCACUACUAGUGAAGUUUCUGGAUGCAGACAAACCACAAUGGCUAAGAGCUGUUGCAGUGGAAUCUAUCCACAGGCUUUGCGUGCAGCCCCAGCUAUUAAGGUCCUUUUGUCAAUCCUAUGAUAUGAAACCGCAUUCUACCAAGGUUUUCCGUGACAUUGUAAAUGCACUGGGAUCAUUCAUCCAGUCGCUUUUUCUUGUACCAAGCACAGGAAACACAUCAACGACAGUAAACCAAACUGGAAGCAAUACAUCUGGGGGUACAGCAUCAUCACAAACCAACCCAGGAAUGCUGGGAAUGGGUGGAGGUGUGACUGUAUUACCUGCAUUUGAAUAUCGAGGCACCUGGAUACCUAUACUCACUGUAACAAUACAAGGCAGUGCUAAAGCUACCUACCUAGAAAUGCUGGAUAAAGUAGAGCCACCUACAAUUCCUGAAGGUUAUGCCAUGUCUGUGGCUUUCCACUGUUUAUUGGAUCUUGUCCGUGGUAUCACUACCAUGAUUGAAGGAGAGUUGGGACAGGCUGGAACAGACAAUCAGACCAUGACUGAGGCAACUUCAUCACCAACACAGUCUUCGGAGCAGCAAGAUUUGCAGUCAGUAUCUGACCAAACUGACAAGGAGCUAGUUAACAGAGCUGUUUGGGAAGAAAUGGUGAAUGCGUGCUGGUGUGGUCUUCUUGCUGCACUGUCGCUGCUUCUUGAUGCCAGCACGGAUGAAGCUGCCACAGAAAAUAUUUUAAAAGCAGAAUUGACCAUGGCUGCACUUUGUGGAAAACUGGGUCUCGUAACUUCAAGAGAUGCCUUUAUCACUGCCAUUUGCAAAGGCUCCUUGCCUCCUCAUUAUGCCCUCACUGUACUGAACAGCACAACUACAACUCUCUCCAGCAAAUCUUAUUCUAUUCAGGGGCAGAAUGUUCAGAUGAUCAGUCCAUCAAGUGAGUCUCACCAGCAAGUUGUAGCAGUAGGGCAACCGCUAGCUCUCCAGCCACAGGGAACAGUAAUGCUGACUUCAAAAAAUAUCCAAUGUAUGAGGACAUUACUUAACUUGGCUCACUGCCAUGGAGCAGUUCUUGGUACAUCAUGGCAACUUGUCUUGGCUACUCUACAGCAUCUCGUAUGGAUUCUGGGUUUAAAGCCUGGCGUUGGAGGUGCCUUAAAACCCGGGAGAGCUGUAGAAGGACCCAGCACAGUUCUAACUACAGCAGUUAUGACUGAUUUACCAGUUAUAUCCAAUAUACUUUCAAGACUAUUUGAAAGCUCACAGUACCUUGAUGACGUGUCUUUACAUCAUUUAAUAAAUGCCCUUUGUUCCUUGUCUCUGGAAGCUAUGGAAAUGGCCUAUGGAAAUAACAAGGAACCAUCUCUUUUUGCUGUUGCUAAACUGUUGGAAACGGGACUGGUUAACAUGCAUAGGAUUGAGAUUCUGUGGAGACCUCUGACUGGUCACCUCCUAGAGAAGGUCUGCCAGCAUCCAAACUCCAGAAUGAGAGAAUGGGGUGCAGAAGCGUUAACCUCUCUCAUUAAAGCCGGGCUUACAUUUAACCAUGACCCUCCAUUAUCACAAAAUCAGAGGCUGCAGUUGCUUUUGUUAAAUCCAUUGAAGGAACUGUCAAACAUUAUUCAUCCUGAUAUCAGGCUCAAACAAUUGGAGUGUGUAUUACAGAUUUUGCAAAGUCAAGGUGACAGUCUAGGACCUGGCUGGCCAUUAGUCCUUGGUGUCAUGGGAGCAAUCAGAAGUGAUCAAGGAGAGUCCUUAAUACGGACUGCAUUCCAGUGUCUUCAGUUGGUUGUGACAGACUUCCUACCAACAAUGCCUUGCACUUGCCUACAAAUAGUUGUUGAAGUUGCAGGAAGCUUUGGACUUCACAAUCAAGAACUAAACAUUAGCCUAACAUCAAUUGGUUUGCUGUGGAAUAUUUCAGAUUAUUUCUUCCAAAGAGGUGAAACCAUUGAAAAAGAGCUGAACAAAGAGGAAGCAGUAUUGCAGAAGCAGGCAGAAGAGAAGGGAGUGUUGUUAAACCGUCCUUUCCACCCAGCACCGCCAUUUGACUGCCUUUGGCUCUGUCUCUAUGCCAAGCUGGGGGAACUCUGUGUAGACCCACGACCUGCAGUUAGAAAGAGUGCUGGACAGACAUUGUUUUCUACAAUUGGUGCCCAUGGAACUUUACUUCAACAUUCAACAUGGCACACAGUUAUAUGGAAGGUUCUGUUUCACCUGUUGGAUAGGGUUAGAGAGUCUUCCACGACAGCUGACAAAGAGAAGAUUGAGUCAGGAGGAGGCAAUAUUCUCAUUCAUCAUUCAAGGGAUACAGCAGAGAAACAAUGGGCUGAGACAUGGGUAUUAACAUUGGCCGGAGUAGCGAGAAUCUUCAACACUAGGAGAUACUUACUACAACCUUUAGGAGAUUUUUCCAACGCCUGGGAUGUUCUUCUUGAUCACAUCCAGUCUGCAGCACUCAGCAAAAACAAUGAAGUUUCCUUGGCUGCUCUUAAAAGUUUUCAGGAAAUUUUACAAAUUGUCUCUCCUGUCCGAGACUCAGAGAAACCUGAUACACCACCUGCUAUUAAUGUGCCUGCCCUCCUAGGGGCAAUGACUGCUACUGGUCUGGGCAGAUCAUUCAUGAGAACUGACUCUAUAGGAGAAAGAAUUGGAAGAUAUAAUGAAUCUGAGCCACCUAUAAUAACAGAUGAGAUUGAAGAUUUAAAUCUUUGGUGGGCUGCCUGGAACACCUGGUAUAGGAUUGGCUCAGAAAGUACAAAGCCUCCAAUUACUUGUGAGAAAUUGACUUUCAUACCCAGCCAACCUUUUCUCACAGCUUUAAUUCAGAUAUUCCCAGCUCUCUACCAACACAUCAAAACUGGUUUCAGCAUGGAUGAUCUCCAAAAGCUUGGUGUCAUUUUACAUGGUGCUGUUUCAGUUCCAAUCAGUUCUGAUGCCUCCCCUUUCAUCCUGCCAUCUUAUACUGAAGCAGUUUUGACAAGUUUGCAGGAAGCAGUGCUUACCGCUUUAGAUGUCUUACAAAAGGCCAUAUGUGUAGGUUCAGAAAACAUGCAAAUAAUGUAUCCAGCAAUCUUUGAUCAGCUUUUGGCAUUUGUAGAAUUCUCCUGUAAACCGCCACAAUAUGGACAGCUGGAAAUGAAACACAUUGCAAAUGCAAAAUAUAAUCAGAUACAACUAUUUGCACCGGCAGAAUGGGUAGCAUUGAAUUACGUACCAUUUGCUGAGAGAUCUUUGGAAGUUGUGGUGGAUUUAUACCAAAAGACUGCUUGCCACAAAGCUGUAGUUAAUGAGAAAGUUCUUCAGAACAUUAUUAAGACACAGAGGAUACCUCUGAGCUUGAAGUAUGCCUGCCCCUCUGAAAGCACUUGGAAACUAGCAGUAUCUUCUCUUCUUAAAGUUCUCUCUAUUGGACUGCCAGUUGCAAGGCAGCAUGCCUCUUCUGGAAAAUUUGACAGUAUGUGGCCAGAACUAGCCAGCACAUUUGAAGACUUUUUAUUCACCAAAAGUAUACCUCCAGAUAAUCUUUCUAUUCAAGAGUUUCAGAGAAAUGAGAGUAUUGAUGUUGAGGUGGUGCAACUCAUCAGCACAGAGAUACUGCCGUAUGCUAAUUUUAUUCCCAAGGAAUUUGUUGGUCAGAUAAUGACUAUGCUUAAUAAAGGUUCAAUACAUUCUCAGUCAUCCUCAUUUACGGAAGCAGAAAUAGAUAUUCGAAUGAGAGAAGAAUUUUCUAAGAUGUGCUUUGAAACACUGCUUCAGUUUUCAUUCAGUAAUAAAGUCACAACUCCUCAGGAAGGAUACAUCUCUAGAAUGGCACUGUCUGUACUCUUGAAAAGAUCACAGGAUGUACUGCAUCGCUACAUAGAAGAUGAAAGAUUAAGUGGCAAAUGUCCUCUUCCACGGCAGCAAGUAACAGAAAUCAUAUUCGUUUUAAAAGCUGUCAGUACUCUAAUAGAUUCCCUUAAGAAAACUCAGCCUGAAAAUGUUGAUGCAAACACAUGGGCACAAGUUAUUGCGUUGUACCCAACUUUAGUUGAAUGUAUCACUUGCUCAUCCUCGGAAGUCUGUUCUGCUCUCAAGGAGGCACUAGUUCCCUUUAAGGACUUUAUGCAUCCACCAGCACCCAAGGUACAGAAUGGAGAGUCUUGAAAAGAUAAAACUUUUUUAUUUUUGAAAGAAAAAAAGUAUCCCAAAAAAGAAUGUUUGUUCCUAACUGAGACUUCUCUGAGGAAAUCUCUUGAUACUAGUACUUGGCAACCAGCGUUGACCUUACAAUUGUACUAACAAGAGCUUUGUAAUUCAUGCAUACAAGCUUACAGCUCAAAGGUUCCAGAGUGAGUAGCAGUGCAAGCCUUUAAUAAAUUUAACUGACUAGAUGGAAUCAGUUGCAACCUAAUGUACUUGCUACAAUAUAUUGAAGUGGUGAUUGAAAAGUGGGCUUAUGUACAGCUUGUGGUGUAUGUGUUAAUGAUGUAAUUUAAAAAAAAGUAUUUCAAUUCAGUCAGAUUGAUUAGGCUGGUGUUUUGCACCAUUUUUUCAAGUACAAAAUUGUACUAAAAUUUUAUGCAAGAUGGUACUGUAACAUUCCAUAUGAUUAUCUGUAACCAGCCUUUGUAAACAAAGGGAACUGAUGAACUUGUGUGUAUAAUAAAUGGUACAGUUCUGUAUAAAAUAGUUGCAUUUAUUAUUUAAAUUCUUUUUAAAAUAUUGAUAAUGUUAAAUGCUUGAAAAUGUAUUUAUUAUGAAUACUAAGUUGUAGGCUUGCAUUUUUACGUACAAUUUGCCUUCAUAAUUGGCAGAUAUGGUUAUUCAUAUCUGAUCAUCCGGUUAAUUUUUUUGCUUAUUUGAAUGUAUCUUAUCUCAACAAAGAGGUCAUAUGAUGAAAGACAGCAAACAGCCAAUGAUCUGCUGAUUUCAGACUUUAAAGUAGGUGAUUUGAAAUGAGUUUGAAUAUAUGGAAAUAUACUGUAGCACUCCACCUCUACCGUACCUCACAUCACAAAAUAUUUGUUUCAACAUACUCAUUUACCUAAGUCUUUCCAUUUUUAUGUUUGUUUUUGGUAGUUGUCCUGCUUUACAAGAAUGUUUCAUAUUUGGGAUUUAUAUCUCUUUUUUGUCCAUAAUGGUAGUUGUCAUUGUCUUUGAAUUAUGAUCCAAGAAAGGUGAUUUCAAAUAUCUGAUAUAUUUGGCUGUAAUUUUUUGUUUGUUUGUUUCAGUAAUCUUAAGCGCUCUGUUUUGUACUGUCUUUUCAGCCCAAACAAUAAUUGUUCUAACCUUCAAGUAUAAAAUGUGCGCGUGAUAUAAACCAUGAGAAGUGUAUUUUUGAAGAUUGUUAUUCAUUUAGAAGUGCAGUAAACUUUCUGUCAUGAAGUAAAAUGUGAAUUUUGUUUCCCUUUCAUGUACUACAUAGUUGAAGCAGAAUACUUUUGAGUACUACUCUUUAUAAAGUUGAAUUGUGACAUAGCAUAUUAUAUUCCUAUUCAAUGAAUUGUUUCAGUAAUAUUUCACCUGUAUUUAGGUAUUUAUUAUCAUCCAUGUGAAGAGCUUUAAAAUAUAGCUUUAAAAACAUAAGUCUAAAGUUAGACUCCUACGUCCACAGCUAGGCACCUGCCUGUUUUUUCCAAAGUGCUGAAUUCUUAAUAGCUGCUAUUGUCCUGGCCCAGUGCAGAGGACUGAACUAGAUGACCUACCGAGGUUCCUUGCAGGCCUACAUUUCUAUGAUUUUAUGAAAUCAGACGAGGUCCUUGGGAGGAGUUGGGUACUCAGUGCUUUUAAAAAUUGGGCAGACAACUUCCUUUGGAUUAUAUAGAUUAACUUUAGGUUCUGGACUUUUAAAAUAUGGUGCAGAUAUUAAAAACAAGGAUCAUGCAUACACUUUUGUAGGUUAAAAGAUAUCCAUUGGUUUAUGUGAAUAGAUUAGGGUUGCUAACCCUCCAGGAUUGUCCUGAAGUCUCCAGGAAUUAAAUAUUAAUCUUUAAUUAACAAUAAUGUCAUGUGAUGAAACCUCCAGAAAUACGUCCAACCAAAAUUGGCAAUCGUAGAAUUGAUGUAAAGUUGAAGGAGUUGCUAGUAGAGUGUUUCAUUAUGAAUUGGUCAGAAUUAAAGAGUCUGUUAGUGCAUAGUACUAGGCAACCACAGUUUUUAAAUGCUUGCUCCUUUUAUGCUCCAUAUUAUAUUAUUAUUCUCACUUAAAAAAUAGAAAACUAGGAGAGAGACAGAGAACUUUCCUUUAUGUUUCAUUUUCCAUCAUUGGGGAUUUUUAAGAGCAAGUUGUACAAACACCUGUCAGGGAUGGUCUAGAUAAUACUUAGUCCUGCCUUGAGUGCAGGGGACUGGAUUAGAUGACCUCUCCAGGUCCCUUUCAGUUCUAUGAUUCUAUGAUUUUAAACUGCAAUAAAUGCGCAACAAGCUUUAAGAUCUUGUGUAUUUCUCAGUGAACAAAGUUGUAUGGAUUCCUGUCUUCAAGCUUGGAUAAACUAGUUUCUUCCCUAGCUUUAGAGAACACGAAUUUUGUAUUAGGAAACCAAAUAUUUUCCCUAACAGCUGAGUUUGGGUAGGUCUUGAAAUGUUUUAGUUCAUUUUAGAUUUCCUCUAAAUCUGAAAAUAACUGCAGUACUGAUGAAAGCAACAUAUUUUUAGGGCCAGGUCUUGCUGACUUCAGUAGAAGGAUGGUCAGGGCCCAUAGUGUUACUUUAAUAAAAAAAAAAAAAAGACACAA